UUCAUCUUCUUCCCCCCUCUCUUCCCACCUUACAGUCUCUGCUCACAAAUCACAAUAGAGCCAACCUGUACUAAUACAUAGCCUUCCCUUUCUUUCUGCAACUCCCCUAAUUUCCUGUUCUUAUCACCCUCCUUUGGAUUUUGGGUUGUUGUAGACCAAGAUGACAUACGAGGAAAGGUAUGGGCAGGUUCAGAGGCCCAAAUAUGAUUGCCUUCUGUUUGAUUUAGAUGAUACUCUUUAUCCCCUCAGUGCUGGUCUGAAUGCAGCCUGUGGCAAGAACAUAGCAGAUUACAUGGUUGAAAAGCUGGGCAUAGAGCCUGCCAAAAUUCCUGACUUGUCUAAUCUUCUGUACAAGAAUUAUGGGACUACAAUGGCAGGCCUCAGGGCAAUUGGCUAUAAUUUUGACUAUGAUGAAUAUCAUAGUUUUGUACAUGGGAGAUUGCCUUAUGAAAAUCUGAAGCCCGACCCUGUUCUCAGAAAUCUUUUGUUGAGCUUACCUUAUCGGAAAAUUAUCUUUACAAAUGCUGACAAGGUUCACGCCCUCAAAGUUCUUGGUAUCCUUGGACUGGAGGACUGUUUUGAGGGGAUUAUAUGCUUUGAGACUCUCAAUCCCAUUCAAAAGAACACGAUAUCCGAUGACAAGGUUCACUCCCCUGAGAUCUUUGACAUCGUCGGGCAUUUCCUUCAACCUAAUGCUGGAUCAGUGUUGCCCAAGACUCCGGUUGUCUGCAAACCAUCUGAAGCUGCCAUCGAAAAGGCGUUAGAAAUAGCCAAACUCGACCCCCGCAGAACUCUGUUCUUCGAGGAUAGUGUCCGAAACAUACACGCUGGGAAACGCGUUGGACUUGAUACAGUUCUGGUUGGGAAAUCCCAGAGGGUUCAAGGUGCAGAUUAUGCAUUAGAAAGCAUCCAUAACUUGAAGGAAGCGCUGCCGGAGCUCUGGGAAACCGACAAGGUGGCGGAAGUGGGUUAUGCCGGGGUGGCGGUGCCGACAUCUGUAACGGCUUAGAUAUGAUCAUUGAUGAGCUGCGCUGCCAUGGCUGAUGGCUGCCGGGGAGAAAAUCUUGGAUCACAAGUUAUAAUGUUAUAUAUAUACAUCUCCAUCUCCAGCUCAUAUUGACCAUUAGUUAAAUGAAAUGAUGUAGAUGUGUCAAGUUCUUUGUCAUCAUCAUCAGCUAGAUAUAUAGAUUAGGUAAACAUUAUAUGUAUCUAUAUAAUAAUGUUGUAAAUUAGUCAGGUAUGUUUUCAUCAAUGCAAUAAUUGGGGUUUAGCAUC